CCAAUUAACACACUCCUUCUGCUCUACCAAUUAACACAUUCCUUCUGCUCUAACAAUUAACACAUUCCAUCUCCUCUACCAAUUAACACAUUCCUUCUGCUCUACCAAUUAACACAUUCCUUCUGCUCUAACAAUUAACACAUUCCAUCUCCUCUACCAAUUAACACAUUCCUUCUGCUCUACCAAUUAACACAGUCAUUCUCCUCUACCAAUUAACACAUUCCAUCUCCUCUACCAAUUAACAAAUUCCUUCUGCUCUACCAAUUAACACAGUCAUGCUGCUCUACCAAUUAACACACACCUUCUGCUCUACCAAUUAUCGUACUCUGUAGUAAUAGAUAUAUCUCCUCCUUCCAGUCCCCAUAACCCUGGACCCCAACACAGCCCAGCCCAACCUCAGCUUCUCUAAGGAGUUCAGCAUGGUGAGGUACAGCAAAAAGAAGCUCCUGCCAGACAACCCCGAGCGCCUAACUAGCCGCAUCUCUGUCCUGGGAGCGACAGGUUUCACCUCCGGAAGACACAGCUGGACCGUAGAGGUGGGCCAGAGCAGAGACUGGUACAUCGGAGUCGCCCGAGAGUCCAUCAAACGCAAGUCCACCAUCUUCCUCAACCCUGCUGAGGGAUUCUGGGUAAUCGGAUUGUGUAACGGGGAGACGUACUGGGCCCAGACGUCCCCGCGGACGCGCCUGGACGUGAAGAGAGAGAGGAAGCCGUGGAGAAUCACUAUAGAGCUGGACUACGACCGAGGGAAGGUGCUGUUUCUGAACGCAGUAGACUCAACGUUGAUACACAUGUUCAAAGAGAAGUUCACUGAGAGGAUCUUUCCUUAUUUUGCUCCUGGGAUGUAUGAGGAGGAAACACACUCGAGAUCCCCUGACCAUCUGUCCCCUGACUAUAUCUAUAGAUGUACUGGACCAGAUUAUACUACCAUAACACCAUCUGUCCCCUGA